GGAUUGGUCUGGGUCUAAAUUGGAUCUUUGAUUGAAUUUUGGAUAUUUUACUUUUUUUCUGACUGGUAGAUGCCCAGUAAUCUAGAGUAUAGAUUGACGCCGUUGGGCUAACUUGCAGACGCCAAUCCCUCCUGCGCCUACUGGAUCAUGCAAGUGCGCGUCAAGGCCGCCCGCAUAUAUCGCCUGUGAUUGCCCUGACCCGGUUCCGGGGAUAAGGUUCGUGAGGUCUUAUAUACCCUGUCGAUGGUCACUAUGGACCGCCCGGAGGACUCAGCGGCGUCCAUAUUCAGUGCCCCCUUACAAUCCUCGUCGUCGCUUUUAGCCCGUCGACGCAAAUCACGCUCACAUUCUAUUAAUCGCCCCCCAAUCGAUCCGGCAUCGCCUGAAGUAAUAAGCUCCUUAAUAUCGUCACUCUCUACGAUUUCGGUACCUCUUCAGACACAUUUCGACAGCGUACCGUGUCUUGAUUCCGAUACCGACCUUUCGCUAUCUGUUUUACCAUUAGAACGACACUCCUCCCCGGGCGCAAGUCAUGAGCAUGGUGUUGGGGUGAGAAAAGGGCCGCCUCAAGCCUUCGAAGAGGCUUCGCAUAGUCCCUUUCUACAUCCAGAUGACGCAGCCACUGCACCAGUCAUUCGUAUGGCCCGGGCUCCUCCAUCUCCAAAGCCAAAAGUGACGACCACCGACGCUUCUGCUUCUCCAAUGAGACCUACUUCUAGGGGCUCAUACACGUCCUCCAGAGCAGCGUACGAAGACAACACAUUCGGCAUGAUCACAGCCGAACCUGGUCCACGAGUCUCGACUGCACCUAGUAUUGCCUCAACUAGUUCCCGGAAAAGUUUAAAGAGUCAGUUUGGCCUGUUGAAAAAGUCGUCUCGGGAUUUCACAUACGACAAGGAUAGGCACGCAGAACGUUUGCGGAAGACGAGUAGCUACAACGACAGUUUAAGACAUAGUCUUCCCCGAAGUAGAACCAGUGUACGCUCGAUGCAUUCCAUCGCUGAUGUGGCCGAAAAUGGCCGGCAUAGCCGCACCACUAAGGAGGCCUUUCGAGAACACGGGGCUAACUCUCAUAAUGAAGAGUACUUUUCGUUGCAAAGCGCGCGCGCGAGCGCACCCAGCACCCCCGGAGGCAUCGGAAGUGGCAGGAUAAUUCCUGUUCGCGAGUCUUCUCUACGUCAUAGCUUCUCUUCCAGCUCUAAGCACCGGAGAUCUACUCGCCAUAGCCGAUAUUCGUCCACGGCAAGCAAAGAUACGAAAGUGGAUAGUGACACUGGAAUCGAAGCAGAGCAUGUGACCAAGAGGAUACGAGAGCUGAAGGAUCAGCAACAGAAGAUCAAGAACGAAUUGGAGAUAGACGACAGCCCCGACAAGGUCUCAAGGGAGCCGUCCACAAAACACACCCAACUACCGCAAAAGCCUAGUGCAGUCGACAACGGUGGUGAGCAAAGUGCUACUAGAAGCAAUAGGGUCAAUGUGUUCGAUGAGAGCGCUCCAGCUCCAGCUGUUAUGACGGGGAGAAGUAGAUCAACAACCCGUAAUAAUCCACAACUCGCAUCAAAAGCAACCAAUUGCCCGACACAGUCGUUCGUGCCGAGACAAUCCUCUGACAAGCUUGACCAGGUUGAAAAGUUGCGUUAUCGACGUUCAGUGGAACAGUCAACUACGCCGCGGCACCACAAACGUUCCCCGUCCGGCCCUGUUUCUCCAGGACGCACUUCUGUUGUGGAUGAACGCCCAUCCAGUGCCGAUUCAAUCGACCUUGCAGUUCUAGAUUAUGUUUCCGCUCCUAGACUUACCCAGAAAGUAACCCAUCCUACCACUGGCCGCGAGAUAGCUUUUUCGGAGGUCGGAGACCCUAAAGGGCAUGUCGUAUUAUGCUGUCUUGGAAUGGGCUUAACCAGAUACCUGAUGGCGUUCUAUGAUGAGCUAGCACGAUCGCUUCAUCUUCGACUCGUCACGUUGGACCGCCCCGGGGUUGGCGAAAGUGGGCCUUACAUAGAUGAGGCGGGGACUCCUCUCGGUUGGCCAGACGAUGUUGCAAUUGUAUGCAACUAUAUCAAAGUAACAAAAUUCUCAAUCCUCGCCCAUUCGGCCGGUGCUAUUUAUGCGCUGGCAACUGCCCUAAGGAUCCCCCAGCAUAUCAGAGGCCGCAUACAUCUUCUAGCCCCCUGGAUCCCACCAUCUCAACUGUCUAGCAUCGGCUCACAGAGAGCUCCAGUUCCUACGAAUGCUGUUCCGUACUCUCAACGAAUCCUUCGUGCCUUACCGACGUCUAUUUUGAAGGUUGCUAAUUCGAGCUUCAUGAGCGCAACAAGUGCGAGCUUGACCGCUAGCCUCCCCAGAUCCUCUCGGCGCACUAGGCGAAAGGCGACAAUAAAAGACUCAUCUAGCUCAGCUUUAAUUGAAGCCAGCGGCUCUCAACGUUAUCCAUCCAACCGAGUAUACCAGCAAGGAGCUGAUUUCCAAGCACUACAAAUCAAGAAACUGCAAAUACCCAAUGGAACCGGAGUUGUAGAUAGAGGAACUACAACAAGCCAGGCGGUGACUGAGUUUGAGAAACGUGAACGCCAGUCUGAUUAUGACAACCGCCUGACGCACAAGGUCUGGGAACUGGCCACCACGAAUGCAAAUCCGGCGGUGGACCUCGUCGUUUGCUUGGAACGCCGACAGCCGAUUGGAUUCCGCUAUGUCGAUAUUACCCGCAAUGUCGUUAUCCACCAUGGAAGCAGAGACACGCGCGUUCCUGUUGAUAAUGUAAGGUGGCUUGGCCAAAGUAUGCGACGCUGUGAGGUUCGAAUCCUCGAAGGCGAGGGCCAUGGGCUGAUGGCCUCAGCAACAGUUAUGGGUAAUGUCUUAAUGGAAAUCGCCAAGGAGUGGGAGGACUGGAUGACAGUAGUCCAGGGUAAGCGUCGAGCAACUAUAGGAACAAGGUCAGGCAUCGCUAUUCAAGCCUAAUUUGGCUGAACUGCAUCUGAAAUUGCUGCAUCAAAGUCAUGGGAGAUUUCGAAGUAUCUGGAGAAUAAUGGAUGGGGAAGAAAUCGAAAAUAAAAAAAGGAAGAAACUUUAAACAUUGAAAGGGCGUCAGAUAGGUAUUUCGAGAGCUCUAGCCAGGACCAGGGCCUCCCACCU